CUUAGCCAAGAUGGCGCUCGGUACGCCCUCAGCGGCCGCGGCCCUCCGGAAAGAGGGCGGCGCGCCCGUGGCUUAACCUGGGCCGCCCUUGCCAGGACAGCCUCGGUGGCUUCACCAAGAUGGCGCCCGCCAGAGGCAGCAGCCGCCGUUUGAAUUCCAGCCCGGCCGCCGCCGCACUCGGGGGACCAUAACAGCGCGUGUCGCCGCCUGAGGAGCCGCCCGCCCGCUCCCCUUCCCGACGUCCCAGCUAUGGACUCGCUGCCGGGGGAAGACCCCACCUUACCCUUGCAACUGGACGGCAGCGUCAAUAUUUCCCGACUCCAAGAUGUCUCGGGAGAUGACAUUCAUAUUCGUCUGGGAGGUGGUGGAGCAUUACCAGACAUGGCGGAAGAGACGGUUUCACCAAGCAGAGCGAGGACCAUGAAGGAUUUUGAAAACCAAAUCACUGAGCUGCGGAAAGAAAACUUCAAUCUGAAACUGCGCAUAUAUUUUCUGGAAGAGCGCAUGCAGCAGAAAUUCGAUGGUCCCAGCGAAGAAAUCUACCGAAUUAACAUUGAGCUCAAGGUGGAACUGGAGAGCCUGAAGCGGGAUCUGCAGGAGCGGGAGCAGUUGCUCAUCAAGGCUUCGAAAGCUGUCGAGAGCUUGGCUCAGGGCGGGGAUGCCGAAAUCCAGCGGCUGAAAGAAGAGUCCCGGAAGCAAGUGCAGCAAGUGGAGGACAACCUGACAAGCCGAAUACACCUCUUGGAGGAGGAUCUCAAAACUGCGCAGGAGGAGCUGGAGAAAGCGUUGGCAGUGACAGAGCAGGAGAGGGUCACGAGGCUGGCCGCUGAAGGGCAGCUCUCUUUGCUGACGAGCAGGUCGCCCAAGGAUCUGGAGGUGGUGACGGCACUCGAAGAAAAAGACAGGUGUAUCGAGCAGCUGACUCUGUCGCUGCAGGAGAAAGCCGCCCUGAUCCAGCGUCUCGAAGAGCCCCAGGCCCCAAGCGGCUCUCCCGAGGGGAGCUUGUCAGCCGAGAGUCUGUCAGCAGACCCCAGCGCGCUGUUGCCGGGUGAAAAGGCGAAGGAGCUGGAGGCUCUCAGAACAGCACUUCAAAAUGAGAAAAGUGAUUUUGAGAAGAGGAUGCAGGAGCUCCAGGACAACCUACAUGAGCGGGGUGAGGAGCUGUCAGUGGAAAAAAGGAAUGCUCUGAAACGCGACAAGACUAUCCAGGGUUUAACCCUUGCUUUGAAAACGAAGGAAAAUGAGAAUGAAGAACUUAGCUCUGAAAUCAACAAGUUAAAUGAAUUGUUGGCCAAGGCCAGAGAAGCCACCCACACAGCGCAGAUGCAGAAAUUCAAGGGUGCUGAAGAUUACCAGGCCCUCUUGGUGGAAAAAGAGAGUCUCCUGGCUGAUUUGCGCUCGGAAAACCUGAACAAAGACACGGAGAAUCGUAAACUCCAGAGGAAAAUUCGGAGGGCUGAUCAAGAGUUGAAUGAUUUGCGUCUCGAGAGGGAGAAGUUGGCGAAGGAGCUCGAGGAAGCCCAGCUGCAGAAGAGCAGAAGCGACAAAGCCAUCAAUGAUCUUCGGAAUCAGCUGGAGAAAUCGCACGAUGAAAUGGCUGAAAAAGAAAAGGCAUUGGAGCUUCAUUACUGUGUUCUUCUGAGCGAAAACAAUCAGAAAUUGCAAAGCCAAGAAUUAGUCAUCACUCGCCUAACAGACGGUGCUGCACAAAAGGAUCAGUUGCUCCAGAAGCUUGAUGGGGCGAUUCAGGAAAAGGACGCCGAGCUCCAGGAAUGGCUAUCGAAGUGUCAAGGUCUUCUGAGAGAGAAAGAGGCUCUGCAGAAACAGAAUGAGGAUUUGGUCAAGGAGAAGUUGGCUUCUCCGUCCCAGCAGCCAGUAAUAAAGAUGAUCCGAGAAUUGGAGAAAACAAAGGAAUCUGAAUAUGCGGAACUGAUGGAAGCCCUCCGAAGGGAGCGUGAUACUUUUUCGACGCUUAUAAAGUCUCUGAAAGAAACCGAUGGCAUAAAUAACCUGCAGGAGGAGUUGAACAACGUGUUCAUAUUGCGCAGGCAGCUGGAGGAAGACGUCUUGGCCAACUGGAAUUUGCAGAAACUGCUGGAAGAGCAAAUCAAGGGUAGCAGAAGGGAAGAGGAAACCAUCUCUUCUUGGGGCGAUCAGACCUCUUACUUGAGCAUUUGCUUAGGAGAGAAGGACCAUUUGCACAUGCAGAUAGACCAUCUGUCUCUCGAAGAACUUAAGAAGAAGGUUGUGGAGCUGCUCUCGGUAGUGAAGGAGCUGCAUUCUGCCAAUCAAGAUCUCCGACAGAAGCACCUUGAAUUGUCCCGGCUGAAUCUCCUUGCAAACGAGCAACUGCAAACGUUUGGACAGAGUGAGUUUCUUGAAAGAGCGGAAGAAAGCCGGACUCUGACGGAAUCGUUUCUCGAAGAGACGAGCGCGCUGAUUGGCCAGAGUUCGGAGAGUUCCAGCGAGCAGGCGAUUCCUUCAGACUCUUUAGACACACAAACCCAGGAUCUCAGUAAGCCCACGUUCGAAAAUGAGCUGGCUGUAGGUGAGCGCUUUGGCGCAAGCGAGGCGGCCCAGUCGUGCGAAGCUCGAGGGAGGAGUUCGCUGGCGUCUCUUUUCCAUGAGAAUGGAGUGGCAGUUCUUGAAUCCAGCAGACAAGAAGAAAUGACAAUUGCAAAUCAGCUGUUAGAUCAUCUGAACACAACCAAGCGAGACAGUUCAAGCGCCGAUCUUGAGAACAGAGGCGAGGAAGAUCUUAAGCGACUGAUUAUUCAGCUGAGAGCUGAACUCAAACGACUCACGGAAGGAAACGCAGUCCCAGGGCAACAAGGAGAAUCGCAAACUGCUUGGGCUGAAGCACAGACGGCGCUUGAUCCCGAUCCGGUGCUACAGAGGCAGGCGGAGGUGGAAUUGUCAAAAGUGGAAUUGAAAGAGACAUCUACACAAACAAUGACGGUGGAGGGGAAUGUUUUGAGGCUGACACAUGAAGGCAAAAUAGGCUCCUCUGAAGACAAAGCAAAGAAUGCGAGAUUAAGUGGAGAUUGGGAGUGUCAGCGAGAGGGAGCUUGUUCCAAAAACCAACAGCAGGAGAUCGUCCUGCGUACAAGUAAAACAAACAAAAGUGAUUCUGGCUACUCAUUCAAGAAAUCCCGUUUGCCAGUUCUGCGGAAACUGAGGUCGGUGGAAAGCAUCCCCUUGAGCAACGAAGUGCAGAAGCCAGACAUGCACCUUCAGCAUCACAGCUUCACCCUGGACAAAGAUCUGAAGGGAAGGUGUGCGUCCCAGCUGCUCAGCGAUGAACUGCAGCCGAGCAAAGCUGAGAGUGGGAGAUCAGAAGAGGAUGCGGCAUUAACAGGAGAAUCCUUGAUCGAAAUGGAUUGCACCGAAGCGGACAUCAGUUUGGCCAGUGGUGAAACCAAAGAUGAGAUGUGCCAAGAUCAGAGCAGCGGUCCAGAAACCAGCUCUAAUGAACAUGAGUCAAGUUUCCCAGCUGUGAAAGGGCUCAAUCAGGAAUUGGAUUUCCUGGACAAGCAAGAUGCGGUUUCAACCACGACAUAUUCUGGGUCCAAGAGCCUGCUCUCACUCAAACUGAGCUCGGGCAGCACAGAUCUGUUUGAUGAAUGUGAAAUCAUGGACGAUGUUGAGGAGCUGAGGCGGAGAAUUAAGGAGCUGAAAUCUGAACUGGCCAAGUACACCACGAGCCCAUCUCAGACGGCCCAGCCUCUGCCUCCUGGCAAUCUUUUUGGUACCGUUCAGAAUGACGGCAAGUUGCCCACAAACGGCCACUUGCUGCCAGUGCUGGACACAACUGGGCACGAGAGGCAGGCCUUUGACGAUGGCCACCAGCAAGUCGAUGAUCCAAUCCACAUGGAGAAUCUGACUCCUUGUGUCUUGGAGAAGGAGGACGAAGGAGCGGUCGAGAAGCUCAAGGAGCUGCUGUUGGAAAACGAGGCCGAGCUGGAGAAAGAGCAGAUUGCAAAUAUCCAUCUCCUGGAUGAAGUGUACCGUCUGCAGAGCAAGCUUCAAGGGGCUUCUCCGUCAAGCGCCGACUCCCCAGCGCAGGAGCGCUCCUGCCUGCGCCAGAGGAUCCGCGAGAGCCAUAGUGUCUGCGUGACCUACCGGCAGCACCUGAGCAACCUCAUCAAAGCAUUUGAGGAGCUGCUCCAGGCCAGCACGGUGGACUUCUACAUCGCCGAGGGCUUCCGCGAACAGCUCAGCCAAAGCGUCCAGCUCUUUGAGAGGCUGGAGAAGCAGUGCCUCUACGGAGAGUCCUUAGACGACGAGAUGGCUCACAUUUGUGGCCUAGUGCGAAGCUUGUCCGACUCUGAGAUGUCAGACAAAUCAUGCCAUUUGGAACCUCCCGAGCAGAAGCAAGGAGGAGCCGAGGAGGGCGAGCGAGAGAAACUGGCUGUGGUUCCAGCCAAACUCCCUCCAGAGCUGUUAAUGGAGCAUCUUCAAGAAAUACGCAUGCUGAGGCACCAGCUGGAGGAAUCCAUUAAAACCAACGACCAGUUGAGGAAGCAGCUGGAGCAACAGGUGGUGGACUCCGCACAGGAUCCAGGUUCUGCAAACGUUUGUAUCCGUGGCUCGGAGCAACAUAAUUCCCUGACUUCUGAAAUUCAUUUCCUGAGGAAGCAAAAUCAGGUUCUGAAUGUCAUGCUGGCAAAAGGAUCUCGAGAGAAGCAAAAGGAAAACGAGAAGCUGCGAGAAUCCCUUUCGAAGAAGCACUUUGCCGUUGAGCACCUUCACAAGGAGUACGAGCGCCUCGAGAAGGAAAAUGCGAAGCUGCAGCUGCAAGUGGAGAAGCGGGAAGAAGAGAACGGACGCCUGACGCACGAAGUCUACAGCGUCCGGAACGAAGUCAAUAGGUUGCAAAUUGAGCUGAACUCCAAACAGCACCAGCUUUCGGAAAAUGACAAAGUGCUGCACUCGCUACGGCUGGAACUGAAGGUGUAUGAAAAGCUAGACGAAGCCAUCGCCAGUCAGAAAGAUCGCAGCUGCAACCGAUCAGAUGAAUGCUGGAAAGAUCAAAAUCACCCGCUUGAUUUACAUGAGCUGUUGACGGAAAUUCAGAACUUGCGAAUCCAGCUGGAAAGGAGCAUCAAGGCGAACAAGGCGUUGCAUGAAAAGCUAGAGGAGCAGCUUUUGAGAGGAGGAAAGAGGGAGAAAGCCAGCUCUGGGUCAACCAUGAAUAUCAACUACCUUUUGAAACAAGAACUGCAGCAUUUCACCGGAAUGAACGCAGAGUUUAAAUUCCCCGGUGCAGACAGCAACAUCCUCGAGUUGCAACAGAAAUACGGCUGCUGCACGUUGACGCUACCGACAGAGCUAGCCCUGGACAACUCGGACGGCUCCUCGCGAUGCAGCUCUGCGGCCAGCAAGUCCCGCGGCCCUUGUGGCAUCCCUGGCCACUACGUCUGGGCAGACAAAAACGGCCGGCAUAUCCUCGGCUCGGUUGAAGAUUACAACUCUCUGAAGAAGCAGAUCUCCGAAGGGCAGAAGCGGUUGUCCGACCUGGAGCUUCCUCUGAAAGAGAUGGAACAUCCAGAGCCCGGAGCAAAGGUGAACAGCCUCUCGGCAGCUGCCGGUGCCAUCCAGCAGAACCUGGACGAAGCCGCUCGCCUGUUGAAGCUCCUCUGGAGAGUCUCUCUGCCCAUGAAAGUCGUCCACAGUGCAGCUUACUCGCUUCAGGAUGAAGGCUUGAAAGCAGAGCUGCACAAGCUCCGUAGGAAGCUGGCGGAACAGGAGAAGAAGCUGCACAGCACAGUCAAACGGCUGCACUCCACCAACCAGCUGAAGGAGAACAUGGAGAAAGUCAUCAUUGACCAACUGGCCUUAACUCAUGAUGUCUUAAAGAAGGCGAGAGGCAACUUGGAAAUCCAGCCAGCCGAACACAAAACACCAGCCUUCACCCUCAGCAAGAAAAGGGUUUUAUGAGAACUGCACUUCUCCGAAUAAAGGCCAUUUUCUCCUU